CUCUCUAUAUUCUUUUUUCUUCAAAUUAAUGGAAUCUCCAUUAUUCCAUUAUUCCAUAAUAUUGAGUAGAAUCAUACCUCUGCAGUGUAUAUAUAAUGAAUGCGCGUGAGUAUCAAAUAAACAGUGCAUAGACCAAACUGCUUUGAAACUAGUGCAACUUAUUGUGCGGCACAGUAUUAUUAUUAUCGAACAGUUUCCGAUGGCCAUGUACGGAGUACAUAUGUACGGAGUACUGUACUGUACUCCGUACAUACGCUGCGAACAUCUCGCUCCAUAAACAUAAAACACAGAGAGAUGUGAUAUAUUCAUGUGUUUAUACUGCUCCUUUCGGUCAUCAGGCUCCCCUCGACGGGUUUCUACUUGGAAUAUGCGCGUGCAUGAGCUGACAACAGCACUUGGAAUAAUGCCUGUCCAUGGCAGGCUGACAAGAUGCGGGGCAAUGAGACUAGGUUGUCGGCAUCGUCGUCCUGCUGCACUCGAAAACCCGGCCGCAAAGAAUCCCACGCCUUGAAAUGCGAGGUUUCGGGGACAAUGUUCGGGAUUUCUCCUCCAUCAUAUUGGUGGCUGCCCCGCCCUUCCUCUAGAACUGGUAUUUUGUCCCCUCAUCCGGUAAUAAUGAUUCUAGCAGUAACCUACGAUUCAUGAUCUUUGCCUUGUUCCUUUUUAGCAGAAGCCAAAAUGAGAAAAAAAAAAAAAAAAAAGAAAAAACAGAAGUAUGUACAUAAAUUUAUUGAAUAUUCAAUAAUUGUACAGCACUGUCCUUAACUACACUCUCCCGAGCUUAUCCAGACGUCCACUACGGAGUACAUAUUCACACAUUCCAGAUAUGAUAUCCGCCAUCCAUUCAGCACAACAUAACCACAUAACCCCUUUUCACCUCUCUUUGGACGUUCUCCCAAUCUGACGCACUACGCUGCGUACUGUGCAGAGUGCCCCAGCGACCUAUACUCUGUACAACCCAUCCACCCGCCUUUUGACAACCCCGCCUAAUUAUGCACACCCCUCCAUGUGCAUGGUGCAGGAUGUCCCUCCACGUCCGUCCGCCUGCCCAUUUUUCAAUUAUUAAUAACACUUCGCAGCACAACGCCUGCCUAUGUGAGACUGAGCUAGGCAAGAUAGAGCCGUUCAAGACCCAGCUAUGAGUAACCUACUUCAACAGGUUCCGAUCUUUAAUACGACCUUCCCUAAUUAAUAUCGACCCUCCUCCUCCACGUUGACUUCGUUACAACCAACCCCGGACAUGCACACUCCCGAACAAGCCACUCAUUAUUGUUGCGCCACUUCGGUUUGCUUUUGCCUAGCUUUAUCACCGGUGGUGCGUCAGGAAUGCCCUGAGAGGCAUUCUGCAGAAUGAGGCUACCGAUUGACGAGACCACCCCCUCUCCCCAUUUUUCACUCUUUUUAUCCUUUUUCUUUUCUUACCCUUUGCUGAAUACUUGCGCAAACCUUAACUGCCUCUUUGCUUUCUAAUUUUUUUUUAUUGCCCUUCACCGCAGACACAAUAUUUCAUUAUUCUGGGCACAUGUAGCCGCCUCAAGGCAACCAUUGCAUGCAUGAAACAUGCAAAAGAUAUUCAUCCCACAAAUGCUAGGGGUUCAACCACGAUUUCACGAAUAUGCACGAACUCCUAGAAACUAACUAGAUACGAGAUACUGCCUGCGUGCGAUGACAGAGACGUUUAGUGUUUGCCUUAUUUCCAUAUGAUUGUCAGCGACGCACCCGCUUCUCUACUGCAUACGUAUAUGUACUUGAAAAUAAAUUGAGGCUCGAAGUACGCUGUGUAGGUCCACAUAAAAGAACUAUGAUAUUGGCGCAUACAACGACAAGGGGGUUACUUCUUUUGCUUUUGGCAGCUCCGCUCAGCAGCGGGUAAGGCAACCCGUCCCAACCCUUUGACCUUCAGAACCUUCGUGUCUGCAUGCAUCUAUGCCGCCAGCUCCGCUCUUUAACUUUUCGUCUUCCUUUUCAAAUUUGCACGGCUUUAUUUUCGCAUGGACGCCCCUCAUCGGAUCUGCAGGACAUCAAAAUUCCCCGAGAAGUUCAGUACGGUCUCUGAAGCGGUGAAAUUUACAACUUGGAAUAGGCAUCAAAGAUUUCACUCUGUUAUCUUCAUUUGUAACCACCCCCGCCCCUUCUCUCUCCUUCACUGGAGAGCGGCAUCAGCACAGAAAUCGGACAUCUUUCCAGCCUCCCCAUGCUGUGAGGAUUUAUGAAACUGCCACCGAAGCUCGGUGACGCAUACGUGGCUACUCGUACGUAGGGAGCCAGGUUCCUAGGUGAAAGACUACCACGUCCAUCUUUAAUCAGCAUCUACCUCCCAAUGAUGACAGGAACCGCACGCCAAGGGGGCCAUACUUCCGGAGCUCUCAAGGCAUCAUAUCCCCUUCUCCGCCUGUUGGUGAUCAUCCCAGGCGUAUCUGACUUAGCGUCCUCAGCAGCGUCGUCAUUUUGUCACCCCCUUCGGACGAUAAGUCUGCAACCUAUCUUGAUAGGUGGAUGGACCAACGGAUGACAUCCUCGAAAAGAACAGGAUUAUCCAUAUAGCUACCGCUGGAAGACGUUCUAUUAUGCUCUCAUUUCCCCUUCUCGUCAAGGGGGUCUCUAUAAGUUAUGGAGUGUUUUCAACGUCGUUUGCUUCCCUUAUACGUUUGUUUGGCCCAAAACGAGCACUUUCUCGUCAAUGCAUGAUCAAACGUGGCUUUUCGGCUGACGGAACACGCAAGAUGGUUCCGGGAGCUACACAAAAGCCUGAAGGAAACGAAGCGGAAGAGAUGUGUCACCAAAAAAAAAGGGGAAAUAAUGAUCACCCCUUGUUUUCCCGGCCAAUGCACAUGUGUGCCAAAGGGCGCAUGCAAAGCAUGUAUCGUAUGGACAGAUUGCGUGUAUGUAUAUAUGCGCAUUCACUAGCAGCGUGCAUCGUGAUCGUCCUCCUGGAUCAUAACAGUUGGAAGCAUGUACAGUGCAUUCCAUACUGUGGUUGAGGUUGCGGGAAUGAUGGCUAAUGCUGAUUUCAAGAACUGCACGGCACGCGAAUACGAAAUCGACGAAAAGGCGAUGUAAAUGAAACUCUGCUUCGUCAAAUUACAUCUCAUAUUUCGAAAGCAUGCAGCAGGUGCCGUGCUCUACGCAUGUAUGACUUCAAGAAGGGUACUCGAUAUUAUCCGGCACACCGCUAUCCAUGAAUUUUUGUCCAUAAUCAGAGCACCCCAUCCAACCUUGAGUGUUAUUUACUGUACACACUUGAUCAGCAAACCUCCUUGUUCAAUUCCGAUCUCACUCGUCACCAUAUUUUCGAUCGGGUUUCGUUAAAGCUCGGCGUAAGGCUUCCUUUGUACUAUCCUCUAACUACAGGAUAACAUGGUAGCGAGGUAUUGGGAGGCCGAUGCUGAUAAUGAAUGAGAGAACUCAGUGGUCCUCGUCGUCCUUUUUUUCGUAACUACUAAAUACCAUGAUGUAUUAUUCUUUCGACCAUUUGAUAAUUAUACAGUUAACGACUUGGUUGUGCUUCCUAAAUGCAAUCACAAAAAAGUAUCCUACGGUUAUUUUGAUUCGCAAAUGGCAGACUGCGGAACCCCAUGCUGACAAUCAUUAUUAUUGUCAUUCCGAGAACUUGACAAGAGAGCCUGACUUUUCCCGGGUCACUGGCGCCUCGGCAAGUUUAGGUUUCUCAACCCCAAGGGCUUUCCAUGCAGCAUUCAAGAACAAAAGCAUGCAGGGAUCCAGGGGGUAUCAAGGUUCUACCUGCUAGCGCAGCGGCUCUGAUGAGCUGGGAUUAUUAUUAUGAUUAUUAUUAGGGUUAUUCUUCACCCAUCGGGUUCAAAAUGUGUGUGCAAGUAACUAACGACCUAGUAAGCUCUCAAUCAGCAUUGACUCAAAUUUAGUUCUUACUUCACCGAGAAACUCGCAUGCGGGAUGAAGCUAUCCAUGUAUUAACGGACAUGCUCCCACAAAGGGGAAAAGAGCACACACCACACACCACCCACCAUGCUGCUCAUGUGUCGCUCAUAAAAAUCGUUUUUGGUCCCUUCUGCGGGAGCGAUCGUGGUUGCGACCGGGAAGUUCCUCUCAGCCUCAAAAUGGUGUUCACACCUGGAGGAGCUGAAGACAAAAUUACUAGUUAUUAUUCAUACGAAGCUGGCGUGCUACCGGUGAAACAUCCGCCGGGUUCCAAUGAUGCAUCUGACCUUAUGCCUACCUCUCUCUGUACAUGAGCUGUACAUCUUGCCUCACUCUUCACUUCCCCUCUCCGCUCCUUGCGAGUCUGUUCUCUCGUCUCCCCCCCCAUUCAGCUUCAUACAUAAGCGACAUACUAUGUAAUUUUCAACCGUGAAGUUUUGGAGCUUUCUCCACUUAGCCAGCUCUUGGGCCCCUUCCAACUCAGCAACCGCUGAGUUUCCCCCUACCCUCCUGCGCCACAGCGCUAGCGCCCUCAAACCAUUGUCAAGCCCCAUGAGCCCCACCAACGGAGCCCCUCACCAGCAGCGGAGGAACAGCGAUGCGAUGUGGCUUCACAUGGUGUGAGCAGUCGGUUGAUUGGAUGGCUGCUUGCUGCUUGCAUACUUUCGCUGCAUGAAAAUUGCAACCGUUGGGGAUAUCUGUGGUGGAGCGUUUUGCGGCGGUAAGAGAUCAGUUUUACAGUACCAUACAAUGAUUCAAGUCCUGUUUCCUCGAAUACAGAUCGUAAUAAAAACAAAUACGGUGCGUGCAGCUCUGAACUGACGGUAUGAGCUGUAUCCAUCGUAUUUCGAGGAGAAAUAAAUAGCACGGCAUUUUCGAGAGAGCCCCUCAAACACUCCACGAGCAUGAGGAGAGGGGACUCGGGAAAUGGUUGGUUAGUGAUGAGAAAAAGUUGGCCCUGGCAAAUGGAAAGCAGAACGUCAACUUCAUCGAACUCCGCUAACUACUUACUUCUCUUGUCGCAAAAAAAAAAAAAAAAAAAAAAAAAAAAAAGGAUGGAAUGCUGAAACAACCUUCACCUAUCAAGAGAGAUUCCCGAUUGAGCCGGUGGUACCCAGCCAGCUGGAACCUCAGCGCAUCCAGAGAUUCUGUCGUCAUAUCUGUCCCAUGUGCUCCAAUGAGAGCGCCGUGCAGGCACUCCGCGAUGGUUGGCAAACAUGCCCUAAUCCCCAAUUUCCUAUUUCCCCGCAGGUGGUAUUGCCACGUUACUUCUUUGUUUCCGUCCUCCCUAUUAUUAUCUCACUUCCAGAGGGAAGGAAGCAGUUUGUCGGCCUCGCUUCUUAUUGGUUUGGACCUGGCUCUUCUGCUAUAGGGCUUUUGAGUCACUGAAGUCCUGUUAUUUGGACAUUCACUGUGGCAUAUGUGGCUGUUCAACUCAAUAAUAUGAGGAUCUACUCCGACUAAACAAUCACGGCGAGGAGGAACAUGUACACGAGCUUCCGCCUUUACGCAGUAGAUUUGGACCGUUGCCCCUGAAUCUGUGGGCUUGUGUUGAUGUUUCCAUGUUGAUGUCAUCAUUGUAACAGAAUGAAACACAGCAUGGACAAUCACCUACGGGGACACAUGAUAAAGCAUACUGGUGUAGGUUCUUUUUUUCCGUUUGUGGUAUGCAGAUAAAGCCAAGGACACUUUGCCCUAUCAACAGGCGCCUGUUCUCAAUCGCAUUACUUUCCAUUCCCCAGUCCGCGUGAUCCUUAUAAAGCUGUAGCCAGUUGUCGAGUGCCAAAUCCGCUUUCGGCGUCACAUUAGAUCUAUGCCGCUAUCCAUCUUGAUCGUCAUGGAUAGGUAAAACCUGCAUCGAUAUUUUCCUCGAUAAUAUAUAUAUAUAUAUAUAAUUUUGGCGGCUUCCGCGGCGGACAGGGUUGUGCGAUGUGACUUGCUGUACAUUGGAGGCCUGGGGAAGCUAAUAGGCAUGGGUGUGUGGCGAGCCUUCUUUCCUGACUCUUUACGGAGAUAGACGCGGAGGAUUAUUUGUUCAUUAUUGGGCCUUUGUCCUUCUUGAGGCCCUGACGAGCCUCUGAUGCUGGCAAUAUGUUUCAAUCAUUUCAUCUUCGUGUCGGCUUGCCAACUUUCCUAUAUUUACAAAACUGUGAUAACGCGAACGCAAAUUAUAUUAACCAGUAAUGCUUGUUGCCAUUCUCCUCUAGUUAUUAGAAAUUUCUAAAGCUGCGUCCUUUCAUAAACAUGUCAUAGAGUCCUUGGCUAUGUCUUGAGACCAGAAAUGUGAGAUAUUAACUUGUCGCCAGUGACACAAGUGUUUAA